AAAGCUACAAUUUACACAUUUUUCCUUUGUUUGACUCGUGUUGGAAACUUAACAUUUAGCAGAAGAUAGUUACUAACCAGGUUUAUGAGAGAAAAUACGUAACGUUACACACACCUCGGACAGAAAAUACGUACACACACCUCGGACAGAAAAUGAAAGUUAUUGCUUAACGUUAACGUGGUGGAAAAAGAACGCAGAUAGCUGCUAACUUGUGUGUUGUUGCGUUUGUUGGGACAAUGUGCAAGAUCACAGUUCUUUCCGAGAAGCACGUUAGCUGAAGUGAAGUUUCGUCCACACAUAAGUUAGCGAUACAUUGGUUGAAAGAAGGCCUGAUUAUGACCAAAAAAGAAAGCCCCAUGAUCCUGAAAGAUGUUGUGGCUUUUGUUGAUGUUUGGUCCACAAGCAAAAGAGAAAAUUAUUCUGAGGGAUUCAUGCAGCAACUUGAGGAAAUGGGAGCAGUGGUAUCCAGGACCUUAAACAAAAAUGUCACCCAUGUGAUUUUUAAGCAUGGACACCAGUCUACAUGGAAUAAGGCCCAGAAAAUGGGAGUGAAGCUUGUAUCUGUCCUUUGGGUCGACAAGUGCAGAAGUGACAGCCAGCAUGUGGAUGAGAAUUUAUGCCCUGCAGUAAACGAAGAAGGCAGGAGUGUCCUAGCCAACAAAAGGACGCACAAAUGCAUGCAGCCUCGGGAUAUUCCCACGAGAACUCCAGAGAAUGACAGGCGUUUGAAAAAAAAACUUGACAAAAUGAUGGAAAGGAUGACUCCUUCCUCACCUGUUGUCGCAAACUUGUCUCCUCUGAUCAUCGAUGAGGAGAACGGGAUCGUGUACAGUCCAUCAUCGAAGACAGCAGAAACCAUGGCCCUGCGGCUGAAACAGAUGAAAGAGAGGAGAGAAAAUCUCUCCCCUACUGCUUCCCAAAUGGUUGAUUCCACCUUCACACACUCUCUGAAGCCCUCCAUUGGGAGCACUCCAUCUACCUCUUUUAUACAGCUGCUGGAAGAAGAUGACUUGCCUUCUUCUCUCGGACACACUCCAGAGAUGGAAGCUGGAGAAAUGCACUUCAUGAGCACUUCUAAAAGCGACACCUCCAGUGUGCACACAAUCACUCCAUCUGAGGAGAAAAACCACCAUAGAAAAACCCGGAAGCUAUCAGCAUCCACUCCACUGCCCGGAGUUACACCCAAGAGAAAGUCAUCACGGGGGAUAGUUACUGACAGCAAAGCUCUUUUACCAGCCUGUCACAAAGGGCUUAGUAAAACUGCUGCAAAACGCAGCACAGGAAAGCAGAAUUCUCUGGACAGCUACUUUUCCACUGCACUAACCACAGGUGAAAGGACAGUUUUGGCUGAUGACGCUGUGAACACUGAGGUAGAAACCUGUAGAGAGCCAUCUAUUUAUAACAGUAGAUUGAAACUGACACCUCCAAAAGACAGUGUACUUUUGGAGGACACGCAAACACAAACCUCGCCAACUUUUAAUGAGACUCGGACUAAAACUUACAAGCUUAGUAGAAGCAAUAAAGAAACAUCUACAUCUCCAAUUUUGUCCAUGACAAUGGAUUCUGAAUUUGAAAGGGAAAAUAGUACCCUGGUCAGGGUGUCAUCUGCCCCAAAAGCUUCUAGUCUGAAAAAGACGUCGCUAACCGCUGUAUCACAGUUGAGGAAAGUCCAAAAGGCCUCCUUGGGUCAUUCCCCCUAUGAGGACGGAGUGGAUGAUGACGUGUUUGAGGACUACUUUUCGUCGACAGAAAAGUCCACAAAACGGCAGGCCCUGAAUCUGGACUUCUCCCCAGAAAAAGACCCCAUUUCCCCCUUUGAGAUGUCGGUCAAGCCUGCCAAACGUAAGAGAAGGAAGAAUGAACCUGUGGAGCCGUGUAAUAAGAAGCGAAAGCCUGCCCCUGUUAGCGCUGCUGAGUUCUUAGCUGAAUCCUCUGGACUUAGCAGUCCAUCUGAGGACGUAGCUUCUCUGAGCAAAGCCAAGCCAAGGAGUUGUGGACGCCGCAAGUCUGCCCACAAGCAACCAGCUUCUACUGGCAAAGACCGGAGAAUGAAGCUGAGAGCUGAGACUGAUGGGGAUGUCUGUAGCGAUGCAGCUGGUGACAAAACCACAGACAAGCACAGACCAAUAGAACCUGCCGCUCCUCCAGAUACGAGACGUGAACAUGUCCCACUGACUUUCCCCAAACCUCUCCUUACAUCACGACUCAAUGCCGCAAGAAGCAGAAAAGGGUCACAAACUUUAGGCGAAGGCAUUAAAUAUGCAGCUGAUGGUCUCAGUGACAGAAGUACGGAAAUGUUUAGCUGUCAAGGGGGUGAAAAAAACAGAAAUGUACAGAUAAAAAGAACUCUAGUCAUGACAAGCAUGCCUACAGAAAAGCAGCAGACCGUGCUUCAGGUUGUGAAGACCCUGGGUGGGUUCUCAGUGGUAGACACAGUGUGUGAGAGCACAACCCACGUGGUAGCGGGCAGCCCACGUCGCACCCUCAAUGUCCUACUAGGCAUUGCCCGAGGGUGUUGGAUCCUCUCCUAUGAGUGGAUUCUGUGGUGCUUAGAGCACAGACAGUGGAUUCCUGAGGAGCCUUAUGAGAUGUCUGACGACUUUCCUGCGGCGCCUAUCUGCCGUCUCCAACAGCACCUCUCCGCUGGGGAGCACCAACAGGACCUGUUCCAGGGCCUCCCGCUGAUGUUUGUGUCCCCCCUGUCUCAGCCACCCACUCACAGUCUGGAGGAGCUCAUCAGGCUCUGUGGAGGAGCUGUCUGCCGCACUGUCAGACAAGCCGGAAUCUGUAUAGGGGAAUACAGGGGCAGGAAACCUGAGGGGACCCGCUGUCUGUCGGAGCAGUGGAUACUGGACUGUGUGACACAUCUGAAACGAUUUCCUUAUGAAGAUUAUGACUUGGAGUACCAAUACCCAUGAUCUCUGUGCCUUUUGAGAAAAUAUAGAUAUGUUUGAGACAUUUCAUUGCAGUAUUUCACAUUUAUAUUGUCUUGUGACACAUUUUUACAUGAAGUGUUUUUGUUUGUUUGUUUUUUUUGUUAUUAUUGUUUUAAAUAAACAAGCCGUCCAUUGAUGACUACCUGUGUUGCAUUAACUUGCACAGAACUGAAGGCUAUGGGAUUAUAAUAGACUGAAUGUUCAGUUUUUUUUUUCCUUAUCUAGUGAGGUGAUUUCACUUCCACAAACAAAGAAUAUAUUUGUUGAUAACAUUCAAGAAUUCCUUCAAACAUUCAAUGAGUGCAUAUGUUAAGAGUCCAUAACUGUCCAUGAAAUUAACAUGGAGCAUACCAUGCCACCCUAAAUGUGAAUGAACAUGUCUAUGUUAAA